UGUUUUAAAGUUGUGUUUUUAUUGUUUGCAAAGGGAAUGCUUUGACUCGUUAUAUUUAUUAAUGUAUGUGUUUAUUUAUCCUGCCUUUUAUUCUUUAGUCUGGCUUUGAGUUUGAAGACGGGGUAAUGCUCGUGUUAAAUACCCUUCGACUGUACAAUCUGUGUUUUAAAUACAUUAUUUAUAAAAGAUAAAUAGGUUUUGUUGAGCCUGAUUCGAUUACAUGUACUGUAGUCGGCAAAAGCAACAUAAUUAAACACGAAGCUAUCACUGUACAAAAUACAGGAAACGGGGGGGGGGGGCAGAUUGUAUUAAUAAGUAACAGAUCAUGAGCGCCCUCUGUGGACAGUCUUGCUAAUGCAGUCACACUCGCAUAUCCGGCCCUGUACAGUUUUCACUUCCCUGCAGGUUUAACGAGUCUGACGCAUAUCUGAUUAUUUCAUUUUGGCCCGUUCCUAUGGAGCAUGGGUUCUUAAACUGCGGGUCGCGACCCAAAGUGGGUCCCUAAAACCUUUUUGGUGGGUCGCAUCGUGCGGAAAAUAAAUGCAGCUUUAACAUGGUCUAGAGGGCGCGUAUUUGCGUUUCCCCAGAAAGUCCCAACUCACCCAGUGUGCGCGUAAGCAACCCCCGCUAAUCAGAGUGCUGGAGAAUAUUAUAAAUUACUGCUGUACAGCGAUCUAGGGUUUAAUGAAGAUUAAGCAAAAAUAUAACGAUAUCUUCUUGCGUUUCGGAUUUCUAAAAGCUGUUCAGAAUGCAGAGGAGCGUCUGCAGCGUAUGCUUUGUGGCGAUUGUGUUUUCAAAUAGAAGCGUUAACAACCUGACACGACAUUUGGAAAAGCAUUCACAGUAUGACGGGAUAGCUCUCGAGUGGCCAGCUUCAGAAAGCAGUGCUUCGAUAGUGGAAAAAGAUGCAGACGGAGCGUGCAAAGAGGAUGGACUCUGCAGGAGAAGAAGCGUCCCUGAAUUCACCUGAGCUGCCCUGGAACCAGCUCUAUUGGAAGAGAAGGACCGAGUCCAGGAUCCAGUUAAGGAGGAGAGUGUGCUUCACUGGCCCUGCUGCUGCUGCUGUUACCGGGGUAUUGGCAAUCAUCAUACUGGCUGCUGGCAGUGUGAGCAGCGACAGUGAGUUUGUGACAGUCCAGAGCUCAGUGAACUGUACUGAGGGGCAGGACUGUAUCCUGAGCUGCUCUUUCAACUACACAGCUGGAGGCUGGGAUGAGAAGUCAGCUGUGAUCUGGAGAAGAGCAGAAACGGGGCGCAUCGUUCACAGUUAUCAUGACAACACAGACCAGCUUGCCCAUCAGCUGCCUCAGUAUGUGAACAGGACCAGUCUGUUUGAUUCUGAGCUGCAGCACGGGAACGCUUCACUGCUGCUGAGGAGAGUCAGGGAGGAAGAUGCUGGAGAAUACAGGUGCUCUGUUUCCACUCCUAGACUGUACGGGUCGGGCCUGACUGAGGUAGUCGUGGUUCCGGCUCAACCCACAACAGCACCAGCUCCUGUGACAGUUUUGAGCUCUGACGGGUGGGGUUUAGGAGCACUUCUUCUUCUUCUUCUUCCUCUUCUUGCUCUUUGUGUGAUUGCAGGGUGCUAUGCCCGUCUGUGGAUCUAUAAAAACAGAUGGAAAUCCAACUUGGCUUCUAGUCCAGCACAGGCAGUGCCGUUAUCAGCCGUGAUCGAGGAGCCCAGUAAAGUCAGACCGCUCCCCUGCACUGCUCAAUAUACCCAGUUUAAUACAAGCUCCCAAAACGAAAGUCUCUUUGAAUUAGGAAACGUGAUCAGUGUUGAAGAGAAAUUUUAAACAUCACAUUGUUUCCAAGACAAUUGCACUAUAAUCUGUACUCUCGUUGUCUUUGCACGAUAUCAGAACAAUCCAGCAAAGAGAGACAGUAGUUUAUUCAACAUGACAUUAACCUCUUCAGCUCCAGGAUGCACAUCAAAGGAAAGAGUACUUGCAGUACCAAGCCCUGCCUGCGCACGUCAAGGUUUGCCGUCUGUUCUCUGGAGUUUUUAUUUUCAAUCUGAUCUCUUUGUAUUCAUGCUCUGAGGCAGGGUCAGUGUGUGUGUUUUGAAGUCGGGGAGGAGAGAUGGAAAUCAUCAGGUGACUUUAUUAUCCAGUUGUGUUCCGUGCACAAAUCCCUCUCUAUCUGUGAAGACAUUGACAUUGAUUAAUAGCCAGUUAGCCCCUCGGCCAUGAUAUCAAAGACCUGUAGCUUUGGCUGCAAGGUCUGGGUGUCCGAGAGGAGGAAACGAGCGAACGAGAGGAGAAAGAAACAGUCAUUAAAAUAACCACAGGAUCAGUGAAAGCGAUCUGCUCAGCCUGACCUGAGUUUUGUGUUAGUGAUUUGUUUUUGGUUAUCUUUUUUAUUUUUCUCUGUGAGUAGUGUUUUUUUGUUCAAACCUUUUAUUUUAUUUUUGUGUUUGUUAAAAUAAAACGGCGCGAACGCCUUUACACGCG